UGUGUCUAAGAUUUUAUCAGCUCCUUUCAGGGUUGGUGGGAGACUAUCUCAAACUUUUUGCUGUACAUAUUUCGGCACUCUUAGUGCUGGUUUUAAAUCUUCCUUUAUUCAUUUGAAAAAUGACACUAGUACUCCUAUAGUUGUAUUCUAGGAUAAAGGAGCGCGGUAUCUCUCUCUCUCUCUCUCUCUCUCUCUCUCUCUCUCUCUCUCUCUCUCUGUUUCCUUUGCCAUACGAAUCUGGUUCUCACCAAAGAUUUCAACCAUGAUAAGAUUUGUACCAUCUUAAUUAAUGCGAAAUCACUAGAAAAGAUGAAAAGCUAAGGUUCUGAAGAUUGAUAAAAAUGGGAAUCAGAUACGUACUGCUACAGAAGUAGACAAGACAACAAUGGCUCUGCCUCUAUAUAUGAGUGAUACUUUCUUGAAAGCAACCUAUCAGCUAACUUGCGUCUAUCUUUGCAUUUUCGGUGAUGGACAUGAGGCCGGUUGGGGAGGAGCAAGCAGACAAAGUAAAGAAGAGGAUCGUUGUUGGACCAUGGGGUGGUCAUGGUGGAAGCCCGUGGGACGAUGGUGGCUUCACUGGAGUGAGAGAAAUUACCCUUGUCUAUUCUCUUUGUAUAGACUCCAUGACUGUGGUCUAUGACCAAAAUGGCAAGCCUUAUAAAGCAGAGAAGCAUGGAGGAGUUGGAGGUAGUAAAACUGCACAGAUUAAGCUGCAAUUUCCAGGAGAAUACUUGACGGGCGUUAGCGGCUACUACUGUCCAGUGGUCUAUGGUGGCAGUCCUGUUAUACGAUCCCUCACCUUUAGCAGCAACAGAAGAACAUUUGGACCUUUUGGAGUUGAAGAAGGAACGCGAUUCUCCCUGCCGAUGGAAGGUGGCCAGAUUGUAGGCUUCAAGGGGAGAAGCGGGUGGUAUUUAGAUGCUAUUUGCUGUUACAUUGCUAAAGUAAAAACAACUACAGUCUUACAGAUGGCUCAACAAAGGCUGAAAAAACUUGCAUCUUCUGUGUCUUUGAACUACAGAUAUGGAGAUGACCAAAACAAGUUUUAUUACUACAAAGGUGGAGAUGAGAUUCAAACCAAGUAUUCCAAAAAAUAAGGCAUAUGAAAACUGCUUACAUUCGUUCGCGUCUGUAAGACUGUAACUAAACUAUCUGUACUAAAAGAUUUAAGUAAAAUGAUAUAUACAUUGCAGUCGAAGUCUUCUUA